CCCCCGUAGAUGGGAGAAGUCCAAUGUUUCUUCAAUGUUGUUCCACUCGUUUCCUAGCAGGUUUACAACUCUUUCCAGCCAACCCCGUGUGCCUGGCGGUACAAUAGAUAAGUUUGAAGAUGUAUGAAAUCACCAGGAUCGUGCUAUACUGUAUUCUUCCCUUGCUCGCGUCUGUCUACUUUUACUGGCGCAAACCAAGCAAGACGUAUUCCAAUCUCCCUCCUAUGUUGGAGGAGCACUAUAGUAGGUGGACUGGACAUGUUAUGCCGAUAAUCAGUAACCCCAAUAGUCAACCGAACCCGUGGAUACCGAAUCUACUGAAGCUAGCGAGGUCUAGUCCAACUGGAGUGGCGGCCAUCUACACGUUCGGACCGAAAUGGUUUGCAGAGCCUAUGUAUAUAGUCAAGGAUCCAGUCUUAUGCGCGGAGGUCCUGACCAACGUUCAUGCCCGGCGAUUUCACAGGCAGGUGGAGGUCAUAUCCGAAGUCAUUGGUCGUCGAGCAUUGGCCGUGAUAGAAGAUAGGGAGUACGUGCGGCACCGGAAGUUGCUUACGUCUUCAGUGAUGCACAAAAAAGCGGUCCGUGGCUUCGUGGAGAUCGUCGCCAACACAGUAGCGGACUUCCUGGAUCAAGUUGCGAAGCCCAGUGAUGGCCGCCGGUACAGUAACCUGACUCUAGAUUACGCGAGGACAAACAACGCAGGAAUGCUGGUGGUGGAGUCGCUGGCCAAGUUCUCAUUUGGAAUGACAAUCUGCGGCACUAGCCGCGAUCCCGAGCAGAGGAAAAUAUCCGAACGAUUCGGUUCGUACCUUCGCGUAUUGUUCGGAACGGUGAACACUCGAGUGAGUGUGGCUGGUGUGGCAAAGCACGUCGCUUACUUGAACAUUCCAGAGACGUUGAGACUCAGGAGGGCGCAGCAGGGUCUAGUUUCUGAGUUUGUGGGUCCCGCCAUAAGAAGGCGCAAACAGGAGAUGGCUGACGGUGUGGAGGUGCCCAGUGAUGCUCUAACUAUGAUGCUGGAAGGAGGCGUGAAGGACGGCGAGGGCUUUACCGACGACGAAAUACGCGACAAUCUUAUCGGGAUAGUGGCCGGGUCGUACGAGUUGACUGCGAUUUCACUUCUCUGGAUUCUUUACCACCUGGCUUUGAAUCCAGACGUCCAGGAUCGUUGUUACCGGGACGUCGCGGAGGCUAUGGCAAACGAACCAGAAGGAUCUCUACCUACCCUCUUGCAGAUCGAAAGCAUGACUUAUCUCCAUUGUGUCGUCAAUGAGUCGCUGCGAUUGCACAAUCCUGGCGCGGUAGCGCGCACCCUGGAGGAAGAUGUUUCGGUUGGAUCUUACACGAUUCCAAAGCACGCGACCGUUUUGACAGUUUUCGACGGACUGAAUGAGCAGUCAUACGACAACUUUGAUCAAUUCAGACCGGAGCGAUGGGAAGCUGAUCCUGUUUCAGGUGGUGCAAAGAGACCAGGGCUUACAUCGGCUCCGUUCGGCUUUGGUCAGUACAAGUGUUUCGGCUAUCCUAUUGCCAUGGCGGCGUUGAGGACCAGCGCAGCGAUGUGGUUGCUUCGCUACAAGCUGGAGCUGGAUGAUGAGAACGUGGAGACUGAGAGCCAAAUGAUGAUGGUUCCAGUCGAGCUUAACUUUCGCUUAUAUCCACGUGAGCAGAGUUAAAUUAUCCACUGGAAUCUGCUUUGCUUGUUCCGUACACUCGUGCACGUAAAAGGUGUACCAGGGUGUGCUUGCUUUGCUUUGCUUCCUGCGAAUCAAGCGGACGUUUAGCCCAAAGGGCUAUUACAUGUACAUAGCGAUCUAUGUAUUGCUGACGUGUAGCUCUCCCAACAGCUAUUCUGAAUCAGCAAGUAAUGUUCAGAGACCCAACAAUAAGUCCUUACCUCGGUGGCAGGUGUGUGAGUCCCAAGUACAAUGUAGGUAAGAACGAACUGAGUCACAGUAUUGUACUGAGUGUUGCAAAGAUAUCCUUACGACUAUUACAUGUACAUGUACAUGCACAUGUAGAGAUAUGCAGAAUGUUGAUGCUGGCCAGUGAACUAUCGGCGUUUUCUUUCGAUUCAGAACUUUUCUUAAACUUCUCAUACUCAUUAUACGGAGAGAACUGCUUCCGUCCUUUGUGGACUCAUACAUGUGAUGUUAUAACUAGGAAGUGGUAUGGCGCAAAAUUAAUGGAACCAUUAAUUUUAAACAUAACGAAGAGACAGUUUCCAAUGUGUUGGAUACUUACAAUGUAUAAUUAAAUGGACUCGAAUAGAAAUCUCGGAUGGAGGACCAAGGAAAACGUUCUACAAUCCACUGACCAUCAGCUCUAGAAUGCCUUGCCUUCCAAUGUUGCAGAACGUCAACACCGCUGGCCAUUGGCGUGCAAUGUUAUCCCAUGAGCUGACUGUUUAGUUACUAGUGGUGUUAGUGGACAUUAUAGCGUAGCUCCUUGUUCCUUGGUCCUUUUCUCUUUUCUACUAAUAGAAUUUUUCAAAACGAAUGGUUAUGAUUGACUUAAUCACAGAUAAUUGUUUGUUCCUUUCAGCAUAAUCAACUUGAACUCAACAGUUAUCACCUUGUGUCAACUAUCAACAUGAAGCGUGUUUUUACACUAGA